AUGUGCGGGACAAUCUGGCUGCCGCUGUGUCUGCUCCACACAUUCGUGUGCAUGCUCUCCAUGAGCAUGAGCAUGACUACCUAUGGUCUCGCUGCCUCUAGGCUCACUGAGGAUGAAGAGAUCACAGUGACAUCCGGGCCAGAUGAGGCAAUAAGGGCAGGUGGGGUGAUGGAGGCUCUCAUCCAUGGCACUAUACCAUUUCCAGGAUGCUGCUGUGGUCGCCGCAUCCUCAGUGCUCACACCAAUGCUGCCGUCACGUUGCCUUGCAGGCCCUGCUACACCUCAAAAGCUCUGCAGCAAAUGCACAGAAAUCAAGAAUCAGAAAAGUGCUAUUCCUGUGUGUGUCAUCUACAGAACUCCAGUGCGGAUCACCGUGUGCGUUUGGAUCUUGGUCUUUGGGAUAAGUUCAGCGAACUGGCCACUAAGUGCAUUAUUAAAAUCGUGGAGUUUGCCAAACGAGUUCCUGGUUUCACUGGACUCACUAUCGCCGAUCAGAUCACACUGCUCAAAGCUGCCUGCCUCGACAUAUUGAUACUGCGUAUCUGCACACGUUACACCCCUGACCAGGACACAAUGACGUUCUCUGACGGUCUCACGCUGAACCGCACACAGAUGCACAAUGCUGGCUUUGGCCCGCUAACGGACCUGGUGUUCUCUUUCGCCAACCAACUUCUGCCCAUCGAGAUGGACGACACGGAGACAGGACUGUUGUCUGCCAUCUGCCUCAUCUCUGGAGAUCGUCAGGAUUUGGAAGAGCCUUCAAAAGUGGAUGAGCUCCAGGAACCCCUGCUGGAGGCUCUGAAAAUCUAUGUGAGAAAGCGAAGACCCAGUAAACCACACAUGUUCCCCAAGACCCUCAUGAAGAUCACAGACCUGCGCAGUAUCAGUGCUAAAGGUGCAGAGCGUGUGAUCUCUCUGAAGAUGGAGAUCCCUGGGUCAAUGCCUCCCCUCAUCCAGGAGAUGCUGGAGAACUCUGAGGGUCAGGAUGGGCAGAAUUCAGAGCGGAACAACACGGACAAGAACAACAGCAGUUCCACAAAGGCCAAACCCUUGGCCCUCUCCCCGGAAUCCACAGACGAAUCUGGGGCCAUUUCCUCCAGCGAGGAGCCCUAGAACCAAGGCGGCAAAUGAAACUUGGUAGACUGGAGGCUGACCUCUCCAGCGUGUUGGAUUUCUGGAUAAUUUCUGCUCAUUUCCUGCUUUAAGAACUAAUGAUGGCUGGUGUAUAAUCAGAAACAUGACUGAAGAAUCAAGUCCUACUAACAUCACUAUCAUAGGAUUGAAUGACACACACCCUGCAGUGUGCGUGUGUGUCCCAGACGCCCACCUGUGACAGAUGUGAAGCUCCUCAGGUCUCCUGUAUGGAUUUCUUCAUGUGCAUGAUAAGCUUUUACUUUUAUUAAGUGAUUUUUACUCUUUCCUCUCAAUUCAAGCUGAUGCAUUCAUUGUACAUAUCAUUGUAUGUUUCUGAUGCAUUUGUUGGUGCUUUCUACAAUGUCUAACAUGAUAUGCGAUACAUUGAGUUGAAGUCCUUUAUAUUACAAUUCUAUAGGAUGUUUCUGCUUAUAGACAUUAUAGAACUCUAAUAUUUUACAUUGAUUUGUAUAUUUAAAGCUGUUUCGAUUCUGAAUUUUUAAAGCUCUUUGUUUACUUGUAAGGUGUGGUGAACCCGUAUACACACUUAUAGUGCACUCUGUCAGUAAUCAUAAUUUGAGACCUUUAUGUGGAAGAAAUCUUUAGUAAUUGACUUUAACCAGUCAUUUACUAGUUUAACUCUUUCUACUAAGACAAAUUACAAAUUUUAAUGAACUCUAAAAAGAACUGAAUUCUGUUUCAGUGCAACAAAUCCAAACACCAAAUGACUAUUAACUGGAAGAAUGAAAUGGUGUUCUUUACCAGAUUAAUUGAUUUAAAGUUAAAGUUAAAGUUCACCCAGAACAAACUCUGUCAUACUCACCCUCAUGUUUUUCUAAAACUGUAUGACUACUGAUACACAUGAGAUGUUCACGCUAUAUAUAACGCUAUUUAUAUAUAAUCAGUGUCAUGCGGUCCAUAUAAGCUGUGAAUGCUCUGCAUACCCAAGCCAUUCGUGGACUUGGCAAUUAAUAUUAACAUUAUAAAUUACUAUUAAAUCCUUAAUCUUUAGUAAUUGACUUUAACCGAUCAUUUACUAGUUUAACUCUUUCUACUAAGACAAAUUACAAAUUUAAAUGAACUCUAAAAAGACCUGAAUUCUGUUUCAUUGUAACAAAUCCAAACACCAAAUCUUUAGUAAUUGACUUUAACCAGUUUAUGGAGACUUCCGGGUAAGCUGAUCUACAGCAGCUUUUGCGUCUUCGUGCUUUUGUUAUGGAACUUCAUCACUGUCCCACGUUCUCAUUGAUUUGCUGGCCUAUGGCGGAUUUCAUGGCAGGAUAAGCUGCCAGAUCUUGAUCAGGAAAAUCACAUUUUAUUUGAUACAAAACUAACUAGACUUAACCAAAUGGGGAAAAAAAUCAUAACUAAAACUAUUUUCAUAGUAUUUCAUUUUCUCUAUAGGGAUUUUUUUUAAUGAAAACUUAAGACAGUCCUACUGUAAUGAGGCCUAUCAGAGGAUGUUAAUCGAUAGUCUGUGCAUUUAUUAAAGUCAUCAGUUUGCAUAAUUUCAACUUAUUUUUUUAAAGA